AUGACGACGCCCGGCGGCAGUCGUGAGUCAGCCCUGCCCAGUACAGCGGGGCUGACCACCCGGUUGUUUAGCCGGCAUGUUCCCGUGGCACCGCGCGAGACGGGUGCUUCGCGAGAGCUCUGGCGGCGGGGUCGCGAGGAAGAUAUGUCAGCUGUUUUGCCAGCCAUCUCCGCUCGCGCGAGCGAUCAGCAGCCUCCAACGAUCAAGCGGCGCGAUCGAGCUUUUCUUGCUUCCCUGACUCGCGCCGAGCAGCGUCGCUUGUUUGCUCGUCCGGGGUUUGCGCCCCUCCCCGAAGGUGACCCCAGCACUUCAGCGGGGCCACGCCAUCUCCGCUUUGCCACGGGUCCCGCCGAUUCCAUAUCGGCUGACGAGCAUGUGGGAUCAGAAUCGCUAGCUGCCCAGGAAUGGCGCCGACUGUGGCAGGCCUAUUUGCUUCGGCAUCGCAUCGAUGUCCAUCACUCCGACACUGGCUUGGGCCACGUUGACCGAUCUGCCAGCGCCAAGUCAAGCGCUUCAUUGGCACCAGCUUCUGCCUCACUGGCAAGGACGCGCAACGCAACGAACAAGUCCGGCCGGCGCGCGCAGAGCAAGGCCCGGAGCCAACCACCACCGAGUGCCACUGCAAGCGAAGCGGCUCGGCUGCCGGCCCCAGGAGCGAUCCCCAUCCGGCAAAAAUAUCGUGACGUCGUUCAAUGGGAUGAGAACACGGCGGCGGAGGCGCUGGCUGACCUGGCCGAUUCGAGUGACUUUGUGCGAGCCAAUGCAGCUUGCAUGCACCAGGGCACUUACCAUGCCACUAAGCGACGGCCUUUGCCCCCACCUGCCAUCUUGAAUCGCCUCAAGGCCCUGUUAAACGACAGUUCAAUCAACGUGCGGCGCGAGGCUGCCCUGACGUUGGUCGCAGAGCAAUUGAUUGACCGCUACACACUUGGUGAUGACCAGCAACGGACCGUGGCGCUGGCGUUGCUGCAGCACGUUAUGGAUGACGACCCCAUGAUUUUGUAUGUGCGGCCAGGACUCACAACCGCUGGGUCUCGCAGCAACUGCCCCUGCGUCGUAAUUUUCACGCAUCGUCUGAACAAUAGGGGCAUGAUUACGCAAAUGCUGACAGAUCACGAUGCACUCCGGCGACGAGCAGCGGUCGAACUGGUGCAUUUACUUGUGACUUAUUACACGCAAGAUAUCUUUACCUGCCUCAGCACUUUGCUCUGGGAGGACGAAAACGAAGCGGUGCAAGAUGCUGCGUGCGCUGCUUUGGUGGAGCGCGACUACGGGCAUAUGGUGCACGAAGAAUUGUCUCGACGCUUGAGUGCGGCCACCGAGCGCACCAGGCUUGCCGCUCUCCGCCGCCUCGGCAAGCUCCGCCACGUGAACUCGCGAUUACUGGAUCAUGUCGUUCACGCUCUCAAGGAUGAGUACAGCAACGUACGCCUGGCCGCGUGUAAGGCGUUGGGCACGCUGGAAUCACCCACGCCAAAGGUUAUUGAUGCCUUGCUGACGGCGCUCGAGCAGGAUAGCAAUGUCAGCGUACGCUUGGAAGCGCUGCGCGCUUUGGAUUCGCUCAAGGUUCAAAAGUUGCGGCUCAAGUCCUGCUUACUGUGGCUGAUUCAAUAUUCGGGAGACGCGCGACUGGUUAUACUGGCGCUGGAGCUCUUGCCCAAGCUUGUCGCCACUGUUGACGACAGCACCGAGUCGGCGUUGUUAUCCCGCAUCCAGCCGAGUUGGACGGGGGUCGAGAAUAUCGCAUGGCUGACCUGGACACGCGCUUACAUUUCCAGUCAAGCCGAUAAGCGACCAGAGGUGCAAGAGGUGCUUCGCAUUUGUCUCGACAAGUUGCACUGGCAUCCGCAGCGCAAUCAGUUGGAGGAGCAUUUCGAGCAAAUUCAACAUGACCUUGACUGCAUGUCCGCCAAGAACAGCCUGAUGAAAACGUUCGUUGUCCCGCUCUUUGAGGCCAUCUUUGGUUGA